AUGCAAUCGGGAUUUCGUGAUCAGAUGAUUCCUUUUCUUCCUCAGUUAAAAGGCGAAACACCCAGAAGCAACUCUGCAAGAAAUGUCUUCUUAGUAACUAGUGCAUGGUAUCGUUCUUUUAUUUCAUGGAUCGAAGAUGAGUCAAAUACAUCACCAGGCGAGGUAAAUAACACCGAAUUGCAAGCAAAACUGCAAAACAAAGAGCCUGUUGAGGAGCAUGUCGAUUUCGAAAUACUAGAUAAAAACAUUGCCGAAACUGUAUUUAACCACUUCCAUGGUGGACCACAAAUACUUAGACCAUUACUUGCCGAUCCAAAAACUCAAGCCCCUACCAUUAUCAUUUAUCCGAUCAAACUUAUAUUUAUAUAUGAAAAAGAAAAUUUGACAUCAACUGUUCAUCCGAACUGGACAUUAGAAGAAAUCAAGAAGAGGGUUGGUCAACGUAGAAAGUUUGACCCGUCCACUGCUACAUUCUUAUCGGAUUCGACUAAUGUUGUCAUUCCAGAUGACACCACAGCCCAGAAGAUAAUUGAGCUGUUUGGAGCUAAAAUACAAGUAUCAUUACCAGGCUCAAUGAAAAUGAAUCCAGCCAAUCACGGCAAAACUGCAUCAAUCGCAUCUGUAGGAUCUAUCCCUGGCAACAUGAGAAUGUCAAUUAUUUCAGAAGGAAGUAUCUUUACUGCUUUCUUACAAUGCUUAGCUAGAAUACCUGCUUUUAGAAAAGCUGUUUCUUCUUAUCCGGUUCCAGAACAGCCAAAUGAGAAUAAUGACACACCAGCAAUUGCUUUUGUUAGAUACUUUACUGAAAUAAUGAAGCAGCCAACUGCUCAUCUUAAUUCUGAAACUUCCGAAGUUUCUGUUGCUUAUAACACAGCAAUUUAUAUGAAAACAGAUGAACUUAACGCAAUAAGACAUUUCGAAUUAGCAUCAUUACUUCAUGUAAUGCUUAAGGAGAACAUCGUAGGAGAAGAUUUAUUCAAAUUUAAGGAAAGCCACUGUGAAAUGUGCCCAAAGUGCAAGUAUUGCAAUGAAUACGAAUCAGAAUGUUCAUCAAUUACAGUAGAAUUAGUUAAAAAGCUAUUUAGAAAAGCCAAACUCGAAGAUUGCCUUGAUGACUAUUAUGCAGCCAAGAAGGGAGAUAAAAAUAACAGAUGGGAGUGUCCACAAUGCAAGAAGAAAGUAUUAGUUAGAGAACAAACGAAAGCAAUAAAUCUUCCUACAAUCUUAGUGAUUUAUGUUCACCGUUUCGUUAAGGAAUCAUCGCACGACUAUAACUACUUAGAGAAUGAACUUAUUUAUGGACAAACACUAAACCUUUCCCAAUUCACCGGAAAUUCGUCAGAUAAGUAUAAAUUAGUCGGCUCUCUUGCUCACGUUGGUCAUACAUUUACACAGCGCUAUAAAGCAUUUAUUCAAGAAGAAGAUGGAAAGAAAUGGACAAUGUUCAAUGAUAACAGAUCUCGACCUGCUCCAUCGGGAUCUGUGUUUGAAGAGCCUCUGGCUAUGAUAUAUCUUAGGGAGUAA